UCGUCCAAAGAUGGCAGCCUCCGUGUGGAAGCGAUGUGUGACUGCGGCUUUCAAAGUUAAAUGUUUAUCCCCGUCUUUUUCAGCCAGGAGAUGGUUGCUCUCAGCAGCUUACACAGACACCAAAGUGUGGGAGGCCAGGGAGAAAGAGCCUCUCAACCUGGCUCUACUUGCCAACAAUAUGGACAGGACAUACGACAGAAAUCUUCCAGUUAGCUCUCUGACUGUGUCUCGGUUUGUUGACACUAUUUCAUCUCAAGAGGAAGUGAACCAAGCAGAGUACUACCUUUACAAGUUUCGUCACAGUCCAAACUGUUGGUACCUGAGAGACUGGACCAUUCACAGUUGGAUAAGGCAGUGUCUAAAAUACGGAGUCAAAGAGAAGGCCCUGCACACACUUAAAAACAAGGUCCAGUAUGGAAUAUUCCCAGAUGACUUCACGUUUAACCUGCUCAUAGAUUCUUACAUUAAGGACGGAGACUUUAAAAGUGCGUGCUCUGUGGUUGAAGAGGUGAUGCUACAGGAGGCCUUCGACCUUUCCUCCACUCGGAUCCUGUCUCUGUAUGCCCUGGCCAGUUACCUAGCAACCAGACCACAACUCGCUGUGUCAGAGGAGAGGAUGUUGGGAGCGUCGCUGCUCCUCUGUGGGAUGAAGCAGGACAACUCUGUUGGCCUCAGCGCUCAGCUGCUGGGCAACGCUCUGCUGGGUAAGGUGGAGAUGUCAAAGGGCAUUCAUGCCUUGUUCAAAGGGAUGCCUCUCUCCUGGGAGCGAGGGUAUCUGAGCCGGGCGCUGGCUGUCAUGGAGGGAGUGGCUGCUGCUUCUGGGGACGUCAAGCUGUCCAAAGACUCACUGGACUACAUGAACGACCUGCUGCAGGAACUGUCUUCUUCCUCAGACAGCAAGUCCUCUGGAGAGGAGUCAGCAGGAGAGGAGGUAAAGAAAGAAAACCCCGUCGAUGAAGAAGAUGAGGCGGAGCAGGCUAAGCUCCCUCAAUAUGUCAGCAGAUUCAAGGAGCUGUGUAGCCGGCUGGAGUCUGAGGGCAAAGUGGACUCUGCCUCGUUCCUCGCUGCAGGGACCGCUCUGGCCCAGCAGAACAUGGCUGCUGCUGAGAAACCCGACCUGGAGCUGUACAAGAGCAACGUGCCGGCCUGGGAGGCAGAGAGGAAGCAGCUGAUCCAGAGAGAGAAGGAGCUGAGGGAGAAGGCUGAGCAGGAGAAACGGGAGAAGUUAGCAGCCCAGGCCGCAGCCGAGCAGCAGGGGAUGAGAGCCGAACAAUGACACCUGACAUUUUCAUUGAGUUUACCCGUGGAAAUUGUGGAAGUUGUGAAAUAUCAACAUCCAGAACAUUACCAUUGUUUCACUAUUCAGUUUUGUAAAUAACAAUUACUGUGUGCUUAUGUGAGAACUUAGUAAGUAUUGCUCUGUUUUUAUAAAACAAAAUAGGGCAAAUAUUAAAAUAAUGUAUCAAAAA